AAUGACCGAAGAAAUCGAGUCUCACAUCAUUCAGAAGUACGAAGUAUUAUAGAAAAUGGGGAAAGGAGCUUAUGGAGUUGUUUGGAAAGCCAUAGAUCGAAAAACAAAAUAAAUUGUAGCGCUCAAAAAAGUAUUUGAUGCAUUUCAUAAUGCCACUGAUGCGUAACGCACAUUUAGAGAAGUUAUGUUUUUGUAAGAGAUGCUUCAUGACAAUGUUAUUCGAAUGACCAAUAUACAUAAAGCUGAUAAUAAUAAAGAUCUGUAUAUUGUUUUCGAUUUCAUGGAAACAGACCUCCAUGCUGUAAUACGUGGUGGAAUCCUUGAAGAAAUUCAUUAGAGGUAAGUAUUUAAACUUUAAUUUCAGAUAUAUAAUCUAUUAAAUACUCAAAGCAUUAAAAUACAUUCACUCUGCUGAAAUCAUACAUAGAGAUCUCAAACCAUCAAAUGUAUUACUAGAUGCAGAAUGCAAUGUUAAAGUGGCUGAUUUUGGAUUAGCUAGAAGUCUUUUAAAUUAAGUUGAUGAAAGUGCCAUUCUGACUGAAUAUGUAGCAACUCGAUGGUAUAGAGCUCCUGAAAUUUUACUUGGAUCCACAUAAUACACUAAAGCUGUUGAUAUGUGGUCAGUUGGCUGCAUCUUGGGAGAAAUGAUCAAUGGAAAACCUAUAUUUCCUGGCAGUUCAACUCUCAAUCAAAUUGAGAGAGUACUUGAAGUUAUAGGUAGACCUACAACUUCUGAAUUAGAAAGUGUUUAGGCACCUCUGGCUUCUUAGAUUGUAAACAAUAUACCUAAAGGAUAAAGAAUAGGAUUUACUAAUUACUUUCCUAAAGCCAAUCCUUAAGCUUUGGAUUUGAUUCGUAAAUUACUUUCAUUCAAUCCUUCGCAAAGGAUUUCUGUUGAAGAAGCUUUGAAACAUCCUUAUGUUGGUGCAUUCCAUCACAAUAAUCAAGAAAGUACUACAAAUCCAAUUAUAAUCUCAAUGGAUGAUAAUAAGAAAUUUAGUAUUAAAGAAUAUAGAGAAGCAUUGUAUAUAGAAAUUAGUAAGAAAUAUGAAACUAAAUAUGAAAAUAAAUUCGAGAAUUCCUUUAAAAAUAUAGAACAAAAUUAAUAAGAAAGGAAAAGAACUUAAAGUUUUUAAUAAGCAUCAAAAAAACCUAAUGCUCCUUCUAAUUCUACACUUCCUAUUGAACAAAACAUUAUAAAAUAAUAAGAUCCUAACAUUUAGCAUGUUUCAUAAAAUUAUCUGAAAGAGUACUUAUCAAAUUGUAGUAAGGAUUACUUAGGAUAAUAAUAGUAGUCAUAAUAGAAUGUUAAUAUGAGCAAAGAAUUUAUUAGUGGAUAAUUAUAUAAAGAAAUGAAUAAAGAAAAUUAAAAAUAGAAAAAUAUAGUUGAUAUAUCAAUUAAUAAAAUGGAACGAGAUAAUUCCAUUUCUAAAAAAUAAAUAGUUUCUCCUUGGACUUAACCUAAUCAAAAACCAUAAAGUACAACUUAACAAUAAAGACCACCUUCAGUUAGUGUUUAUACUACAUUAAAUUAGGCCUCUUCAAAUUAAUUAAAAUCUUAAAUUCCCUAAUAGUUAAAUAAUAAUGUAUCUGCUGCAUAAAAGAGAAUUAGUGCCAAAAUGCCUACUAGUGGUACUAGCACAUCAUUUUAUGUUCCCUCAGAUAAAGCUAAUUCUAGUUUCAAUUAUGGUAAGAAAAUAUCCAAAGACAAUAGUUUCUUAGGUGAUCAUAAUAUUUCUACAUAAUCAAACAUUCCAUAACCAUAAUAAUAAAUGCAUUAAAAAAGUAUUCAUUCUAUAUAUAUUCUUUUUAGCUAUGAGCAUGAACUAUUAAACUUAUUUAAUGUAAAAAGGUAUAUCAGAUUAAAGAAGUAAAUAACAUCUAGUUAACCAUCAAAGAACUUAAUCCUCAUUAGGAGCAAAUAAUAGUGUAUUGAUCAAUAGAUGUAAAGAAUUCCUCUAGAACAUACAAGCUAUUAAAAAAUGAA